UAUGGACACAGAUCCCUUGACGUACUCUAGGUGCCAUUGGUCCACUGACAUGUCGGCCCAGGAUCCUCGUAGCAAAGCUAUAUAAGGCUGGCCAUAGUGGGGUAACAUAACUAGUACUCCCUCCGUUCGGGAAAAGUUGUCCCUGACGACAUUUUGCGAAAAUCACCUCCUCUUUCUCCCGACAAACUACGCAGCCCUCCCUCCGUCUGCUUCUCUGCUCCGUCGCCUCGCCACGCGCCGGCCGCCUGCUCCGUCGCCUGGCCGCCUGCUCCGUCGCCUCGCCGCAUGUCGGCCGCCUUCUCCCCCUCGUCUCGCUGCUUCUCUGCGUCCGCACUAGGAGAUCAAGAGGGAAGGAUCUCCUUUUCUGUAAAGCUCGUGCCUUGCCGGCUGCGUCGGCGGCGCUCGAUGACCCGCUCCUCGUUCUCGAGCACCCCCUCCAGACCUCGAGCUCCGGCGGCGGCGCUCGAUGGCCCGCUCCUCGUCCUCGAGCACCUCCUCCAGACCUCGAGCUCCGGCGGCGGUGGCAUGGGAAAGACGACCAGGGCAUGGGGAAGACGAAGACUUGCUCCAGCAGCUCAUCUUGCUCCUCGAGCUGGUGGGCUGAUGAUGGAGGACCUGCACUCUUGGCUCCACCAGCGCCGCCGCUGCCGCUUCUGCUUCUGCUCCCCGCUCGCCCACAGCGCAAAGAUUGGAGGAGGAAUGGAGUAUUGCAGAGGAAUGGAUGCUGCUUCUUUUGGUGCAGGUUUGCAUGUGAAGACCUUCACCCUGCGCUCAUCAUGUAAGCCACUUUGUAAUCUUAUUGUGCUGUCUUUUCUCUGUCUUUCUGUCAGGAAGGAUUUGGGAAUGUUUUCAGAGAUGUUUUCCUUCUCUCAUUUUAGACCAUGAUCAUUUUAAUGCUACAAUUUAGAAACAAGGAAAUUUAGUUGAUGGAAGCACAUUCCAUGAACAUCAAGGAAAUUUUAGUAAACUGCAGUAGGAUUUUCCAAGUUAGUGCUUGCAAAAUUUGUCACUGUCAACUGAAACAUGAGUGUAUGUUUUCAUUUUCCAAACUAGUGCUUGCAAAAUUUGCAAGCAUUGUUAUUUUAUUUUAUUUCUUUGUACAAUAUGGCAGUAGAGACCAUGGCAGUAGAGACCAUAACAGUAGUGACCAUGACAGUACUGAACAUAUACUCCCCUGAAUUUUUUAUGCUCCUACUCCACUUUAUGAGUUUUUUUAAACUGCCAAAUGACAAUUUACUGAAGAUGCAGAGAAGAUGCUAGUAGUAUCUCUCACAAGUUAACUUAAUCUUGGAAAGUUCACUUUAUGUGCUCACAUUCGAUCGUGUGUAAUAGUUCUACGAAGGUAAUCUUGUAGAGAAUAGGCUUAACAACCCUGCUUUUAUACAUAGUUUAUUUUUAUGCUCAAUAGACCAGCAACAUGACUCUACUUCUGUAUGUUGUGUAAUUAAUUAACCCAGAGUAAGAAUCUUGGAAAGUUGGAAGGCCUAUCUGCAUGAAGAAAAACUACAAGUGAAUGCCCACCAUUUUGAAAGCUUUUCCUCCUGUGGGUGCUCUGACAGCUCAAAAAAAAAGUGAUGACAUAUUAAAUUCCUGAAUAAUGUUCUUUUAUCUUGAGGAAAUUGACAGCAACAGUAGAUCAGAAAUUGCUUCUACUCUAGGUGAGGUUCAGAAAUUAUCCAAAGAUUCAGUUAACUUUUGUUAACAUUCAGUUAACUGAUGAACUUUGGACAUUGAGGGACACAUUCAGUUAACUUCUGUGUUAACUGAAUCUUUUUUGCAACAUUUCUGCAGAGUACUCUCACCGGCAGCAUGAUCAAUUGUGUUUGAAAUUAAUGAACAAGUGCAGGGAUCAGAAAAUGGAGCUUCUUCUCACCGGCAGCAUGAUCAAUUGUGUUUGAAAUUAAUGAACAAAUGCAAGGAUCAGAAAUUGGAGCUUCUUCUCAGCGGCAGCAGCACAAGUAGGGUAGCUCCGGGCAGCAGCACGAGCAGGGCCGCCUGGGAGCAGCAGCAACUUGCAGACGAGCAGCAGGUCGAGGAGAGGAGUGGGGGAGACGACAGGGGCCUCGAGGUUGAGGAUGAGCUUCCAUUCCAGGCCCGCCGGGAGCUCUAGGUCUAGGCGCUCGAGACCCAGGCGCGCGCAGGUCCUGGCGGCGGCGCAGGCCCUGGCUGGCGGGAGGGGAUAGCGGCGCAGCCCUGGGCGGCGGAAGGGGUGACGGCGGGAGAGGAUGGCGGCGGUGCAGCGCCAUUAAGCCGUGGAGCCGCCGCCCGUCAAGGUGGUCGCCGCGGAGGAGCAGGUGGACGGCGCAGCUCGCCUCGGGCGGCGCAGGUGGGCGCGGGCGGCGUUGGUUCACAGCGGUGGUGCGGCUCGCCUCGGGUGGCGUAGGUGGGCACGGGCAGCGGUGGUUCACAGCG